GUUCCUCAUUUCGGCAACACUGCAUUCGGGCAAACCUUCACAAUGAAUACCUUCUUUCGAAGAUAUGCUGAAGCAUCACUCGUCAGCUUUCAUCGAGAUUCUUAAUUGCUGUGGAAAAUCCGAAAUGCGUGACGGAUUUGAGGAUUGACAUUGAGCAGGGAUUUACUGGCUUUGAAUUUCCUCCAUUUAAUGCCCUCUGGCAAAAAUUGACGACGACGGAAUCAACCUCUGUGAUUCAACAUUUUUUCCUAGAAAUAAAUAUACUCCCCAUACCCUCUUAUUCCUUUUAUUACACGUAAAUAGUUAUUCCGAUCGAGUCAGUGUUCAUUACUAUUUUAUCUUUUCAAGAAACUUUCGUUUCUAAGAACAUUUCCUUUAAUUUUCCGAGUAUAUAAAUACUGUAUAAUAACACACCAGCAACAGCAGGGGAUUAUAAUCGGUCAAAAUGGGGGCUUGUCCUGCGAAGCAAUCAGUGCUGGAGAUUGACGAUGAUGAGAAGGAAGUUUCUGCAAGGAGUGAAAGACAAUUGUGCAAAACUCUUCCGUAUGUGAGGAAAGCCACUGAACCCAACACGUCCAUUAUUGGACCCGUUUGUCCCGAGAGGAUCCGUUGCCCGUGUAGACAUGCUGACGAAAGAGUGGCUUUGGAAUCCCGGAAACCUGCGACUCUGGUUUCAAGGCCGUGUGGAAUCAGGCCCUUUUUGCAGCAAGAGAAACAACCCAGGAACAAUAAUUGGCGAUCCUUAGUAGAAGAAAUAUUGCGUGAAGCCGAACCAUGUCCUCCACCGAUCGAAAUCAAGCCCGCCAAUGACGAAUUGUGCUUCCAACUUCCGAAACCACCAAAACCCCCAGUUCCGGAAUGGAAAAUAAAAUGCGCGGAAACCGUGAAAAAUUUCGUGGGCCCCGAAAAAACCGCAUUCUCUAAUGAUUUCGGACCUGGAGGAGAUAGUUGCAUGUUGCAAAAGGCUGAUGACACGAUCUUGGAUCCAUCCUUAAUUUGGAAGAACGCUUGCAGCGCAAGAAACCAGCUGAUGGCGACGAAAAAUUUAUUGACGGCGAGAUACAACGAAAUAACGAAGGAAGUUGAGCAACUGAUCUCGGAAAGUGGAAAACUGAGAGCUCAUCUGAAGGAGCAAAAAUGUUCCUCCAUGGGACGAUUGCUUUAUCCUGACAAAAUCGAGGCGAACCUCGGCGAAGCCAUUCAAAUGUUGAGGCAACCCAUUCACAAUUGGCGAACGCUGAGGAAAUCCUUGAAACCCGCAGUUGCAGUCUUCAUGAAAGCAAUGGCUGACUUCGCCUGUCCGGGAAAAGGAGAACCUCCUGAAUAUCUUCAAGACUUUUUGGAAGAAUGUUCUUUCAGUUAUGCUCAAGAUCCCGACGCUGUGGCAAAAUUCAUCGAAGAUAAAAGCGCGUUUACAGUUGUGCACGACUUCGACAUGAUCUUUGAAUUCCUCACGUCACUGUCCAAAAAAAGCAAAGACGAGGGAAUGUUGGCUUUGCAGGUAGCAGACCAAAAAGAAACGUUGCGACCGUGGAGUAAGCUGACGUCAUCUAACGAACGAACCGCUCCUGAGAAAUGUUCCAUGCUUAGGCCGAAACCAAGACCAUCAGAGAUGUGCUGAGGGAAAGAAAUUUCUGUCGUACGCUGUGGUGUUCAAUUCAUUUUGUUUUGUUUAUGUUAACUCGAGUUGCUGACGAAUUUUUCUCAAUUGUCGGUGAUAAAUGAAGUUUCAACUUAUGUAAAGGAG